AACCCUUCCAAAAUUUGUUAAAAUUCUAAAAGGAUCAAAAAUAAAUCAACGUUUGAAUUAACGAUUUAUUCUUCUUUAUAUUUCGCGGAUAGCUCGGACCGAUCGCAACUAAAUCGUAUCAGUUCAGCCGUGCAAAACAACUAACCGCGAUCUAAGAACAACGUGGCGCCCGACGACAAACACCGGGCGGCAGAUAUAUAUAUAAAAUAUUUGGUUAUCAAAGUUCGUGUGUUUUGUUUGUCCAUUGUUUCCCCAAAAAAAAAAGUAAAAAUAAAUCAGAACCAAACUCAUAAAUUACCUGGACGAACUUUUUUUGCAAAAUUAAUUGCGAAACCAAUAUGAAUAAGUUUGUUGCGCACAAUCUGUCACGUGGAACAUAUCGGGCCUACAACUCAGAGAUAUAUCCCUCACGUCCCAACUCCAUGGGGCAGCAUGGCGAAAUGGCGGAAGGCAAUGGCGAAUUAUUAGAUGACAUUAACCAGAAAGCCGAUGACCGUGGCGAUGGCGAACGUACAGAGGAUUAUCCCAAGCUCUUGGAAUAUGGUCUGGACAAGAAGGUCGCGGGCAAACUGGAUGAAAUCUAUAAGACCGGUAAACUUGCUCACGCCGAGCUGGAUGAGCGCGCCCUGGACGCGCUCAAGGAGUUUCCCGUUGAAGGUGCCUUGAAUGUGCUUAGUCAGUUCCUCGAGUCAAAUCUGGAGCAUGUGUCAAAUAAGUCUGCCUACCUGUGUGGGGUCAUGAAGACCUAUCGUCAAAAGAGUCGCGCCAGUCAGCAGGGCGUUCCCGCAACCGCCAGCACCAUACAGGUGAAGGGACCCGACGAAGACAAGAUCAAAAAGAUACUCGAGCGUACCGGCUACACACUGGACGUGACCACAGGACAACGAAAAUACGGCGGUCCUCCGCCCAAUUGGGAGGGCAAUGUGCCCGGCAAUGGCUGCGAAGUGUUUUGCGGCAAGAUACCCAAGGAUAUGUUCGAGGACGAGCUAAUCCCGCUGUUCGAGGACUGUGGCGUCAUUUGGGACCUUCGACUCAUGAUGGAUCCGAUGACUGGCACAAAUCGUGGUUAUGCAUUUGUCACAUUCACAAAUCGCGAUGCGGCCGUCAAUGCUGUGCGACAGCUCGAUAAUCACGAAAUAAAACCCGGCAAGUGUCUGAAAAUAAAUAUAAGCGUACCGAACCUGCGCCUUUUCGUAGGCAAUAUACCCAAGUCGAAGGGUAAAGAUGAAAUUUUAGAGGAGUUCGGUAAACUUACAGCUGGCCUCUACGAGGUGAUCAUCUAUAGCUCGCCGGAUGACAAGAAAAAGAAUCGCGGCUUCUGCUUUCUCGAAUACGAGUCACACAAGGCGGCUUCUCUGGCCAAACGGAGACUUGGCACUGGUAGAAUUAAGGUUUGGGGAUGUGAUAUUAUAGUCGACUGGGCCGAUCCACAGGAGGAGCCGGAUGAACAAACAAUGUCCAAGGUUAAAGUGCUUUACGUGCGAAAUCUGACGCAAGACGUAACAGAGGAAAAACUAAAGGAACAAUUCGAGCAAUAUGGCAAAGUGGAACGCGUUAAGAAGAUUAAAGACUAUGCCUUUAUACACUUUGAGGAUCGUGAUAGCGCCGUCGAAGCUAUGCGUGGCCUUAAUGGCAAGGAGGUCGGCGCCUCGAAUAUUGAGGUCUCACUCGCCAAACCGCCAUCGGACAAAAAGAAAAAGGAGGAAAUUCUGCGCGCACGCGAAAGACGCAUGAUGCAAAUGAUGCAGGCGCGUCCAGCAAUCGUUGGAAACCUGUCGCCGACACAUCCCAGCAUGAUGUCCAUAACGCCAAUGCGUCUACAAGGGGCGCGUAUGCCGCUGCGCACGCCGAUGCCCCGUGAAUACGACUACGAUUAUGAUUAUUUUGGCUAUUCGGACUAUCGGCCCGGCUUUGGCGCUGACUCGUACUAUGAUGACGUCUAUCGUUUCUAUGAGGGCGAUUACAGUUAUUACGAUUAUCCGAACAAUGCGAGCGGCAAUGGAGGUGCCGGCGGUGGCGGCGGCAGCAGCGUCAACAACAGCACAGCUGUUGCCAUGCCUACCAAUGCAGGCGGCGGCGGCGGCACCUCCGUAAACGCUUCGCAGCGUCCAUCAAGAGCCCAAGCAAGUGGCACGGUCAAUUCCACGGUGGUUAUGGGGGCUGGACGUGGCCAUGGAAUCACAGUGCCGCGUGGCCGAGUCGUUGGCCAACGUGGCAGCAUCAGUCGUCUGGGGGCCCAACAAGCGCCACAGGCGGCGGCAGCGCCGGCGGUGGGACAGGCGGCGGCGGCGGCGGCUCAUCGGGGGGCGGCCACCGCUCAGGGGGCGCCGGCAGCAACCGGGGGGGUCCGUGGGGUGGCACCAACGCGUCCCAACGCUCCUGGCACCCAGCACGUCAAGCCGCUACAAAAUUUACCAGCUGGAUCUGCACUCAAGACAUUCAUGGAGGGCAACUAAGCGUAGCUCCUCGGUCGUCAGCUCAGCGCGCAGCGACUCGAGUCGCUCGCCGAGCCGAAAACUGAAGAAGCAUCAGAGCUCCUCCUCCUCGAACUCGAACUCAACCUCAACAGGCAAAAUUAAAAAACACAAGUCGAAGAAACAUUCACGCAAGUCCAAAUCAUCUCGUGCCGAAAAGAAAGCCAAGAGGAGCUCUAGCUAAACACACACACUCAAGAUCACUCGGUCCCC